AUGCCGUAUAUUGAUGCUGUUAUCCAUGAAAUCCAAAGGUUUGCCAAUAUCGUGCCAACAAGUGUUCCACAUGCCACUACUCAAGAUGUGACAUUCAAGGAAUUCUUUAUACCCAAAGGAACUCAAGUGAUUCCAUUACUGUAUUCUGUCCUACGAGACAAAGAGCACUUUGAGAAGCCCGAAGAAUUUUACCCUCAGCAUUUUCUGGACUCAGAGGGAAAAUUUGUUAAUAUUGAAGCUUUUAUACCAUUUUCUGCAGGUAAGAGAAGUUGUGCUGGAGAAACCUUGGCUAAAAUGAAACUGUUCCUCUUCUUUACAACACUGCUGCAAAACUUCACCUUUCAGGCUCCACCUGGAGCAAAACUGGACCUUACAGGAGGUGUUGGCUUCACAACUCCUCCACUGAAGCAUGAGAUCUGUGCAAUUCCUCGGAAUUAA